AUCGUUGUUUCGCUAUCACUGACAUUGUUUUUCUCUUAUUUUUAGUUAAUUUAGUUUUUCAUGUUAAAUUUGUGCAUAAAUAUUGCAAAACCUAAUUUUUUGCUUAUUGGGGUGGCUGGUGAGAACGUAAAGAGCAAAAGGCAUCGCCCCUAAUUUUUAUUUCCACCAUUUGGGUUCAAUUUUUCUACUAUGCUGUAUGUUGGUGUUUUCAUAUCCAUUUUUUCGAGAGGAGGAAACUAAAAAUACAUUUUUCCCAGACAGACACCUGGUGUUUUUUCGCACAUAACUAAAAUAUUGUUUUAUUAUUGAAUAAUGGAUGCUGCCAAAUCGUCAUCGGUGGCAAGUAAAAUGCUUGAAGAGGCGCUCUUCCAAAUGGAUGGCAUUAUAAAGCAACAGGGUGGUGAGAACCAAACACAACAGGAUCAAUCGAAUAUAAAAACUCCUCCGGGCAACGGAAGUUGUAACAUUCUAGAACGAAGUGUCAUAUCAAAUGCAAAUGUUUUGUCAACAGCAAAAACUUUGGCCCUAGCAUUGCAACAGGUUGGACUGGCUGCCCCUACACCCGAUACCGUCACGGCAGUUAUUAUUGCCGAUUGGCUCGAUCCCCAUAUACCACGACAAGAAGACGACGAGCGCAUUAGACGCUUGCAGCGGGACAAAGAGUCAUUGGCUUUACAAUACCAAAUGGUGGCAGACAAAUUGUGCGAACAGGCCGAUCGCAUUGUUGAACUUGAAGGCUUGUUGGCAGAGAAAAACCAACAGCUGAGUGCCAAAGAUGAACUGUUGCAACGGCAAUUAUGUACGCGAUCGGAAUUGGAAACUCAAAAGCUGGAGCUAAUGUCAGCCUUAAGCGAAUUGAAGCUACAUAGAGCUGCGUUGGAAAGAGAAAACAUGGAAUUGAAAAAUUUUGAGAAUAUGACAAUAACCCAGGAGCCUUUGAGGCGCAUAGUUGCUCCUUUUGGUAGUUUGGGAAAUUUAAACCAGGCUUCCGGCCAAGCACCAAAAACACCACCGUCAUCGUUACGUCAUCAGAUACAUCCGUUAUAUCACAGCCUACCCAGAUCACAAUGCCAUAAGAACAACAAUAAACCAAAACUACCCAUUAAUCCCCACCACAAUAACAAUAACAACAACAAUAAUAAUAGCAAUACCACAAACAACAACAGCAAUAAAUCAUUUGACAAUAACACCACCACCACCACCAUCGCAAGUGCGAGCAAACAGCGAAACGUUGUAUUUGCCUCGAAUGAAAAAAUACUCAUUGAUGAUGAUUGUGGCCACAGUGGAACACCCGACAUCAUGUACGGCAGUUAUAUCUCACAGUCAAACACCAAUUCAACGCCCUCUCCAACUUUGAAGGAAAGAUCUGCCAAAGGCUUUCGUAAUAUAUUUGGAAAAUUGAGGCGCAGCAAUAGCGGCAAUUUGGAAUUUCCGGCCUUGGAACAAGCCGAACCCGAAUUCCGCAGGGGAGAUCGAGCCAGAGCAACAGCCGGUGGUCGCAUAGAGUGGUCAACGCAGGCACCACAAAACUCCACAAAUUGCAAUUCAUAUAAAAAUUGGUCUGAGUGGUCUGCACAGGACAUCUGCAAUUGGUUGAGCGGUGAAUUGGGCCUGCAAUGCUAUGAAGAAGAUUGCAGAAAAUGGCUAAAAAAUUAUCCAGCGUCUUGCUUUUUUAAAGCAUCACCAGUGGAUAUUGAAAAAGAGCUAAAUUUAAAGUCUCCAUUGCAUCGCAAGAAAAUAGUAUUGGCCAUUGAUGAACUUUGCGGCAAGGAGGAAGAUGUGUUGGCCCAGAAGGCAGCCCACUUAGAUAUGGGUUGGGUAGUCCGUUGGUUAGAUGAUAUAGGUUUGCCACAGUAUAAAGACAAUUUUCUGCAGGCUAAAGUUGAUGGGCGUAUGCUGCAUCGUCUGACCAUGGAAGAUCUGGCCCAUCUACAGGUUACAUCAUGUCUUCAUAUAGCCUCCUUGAGGAGAGGCAUACAGUGCAUGCGAGAAAUGGAAUGGAAUCCCGAAUGCCUAAUCAGACGCUCUACCAAGGUGCCUAAGCGCAACAGCUCGGAUAAUCCAGACGAACAAAUGGACAAAAACGAUGAGCUGGAUACAAGCUUGGAGUACAUUGCCUUAUGGACGGCGCAUCGUGUCAUGGAAUGGUUGCGUGUUGCAGACUUAUCCGAAUAUGCUCCAAAUCUGCGGGGCGCCGGGGUGCAUGGUGGCCUCAUGCGCUAUGAGCCACGAUUUAAUGCAGAAUUACUGGCCGAUCUGUUAAGCAUACCGCCCAGUAAAACACUGCUGAGACGCCACUUGGCUACACACUUUAAAGAGCUGCUAGGCCGAGACGUCAUUCAAGGCAAACGCGACGCGGAGGCCCAACCCAGUUAUCAACCACUAACUAUAACGGCCAAAAUAAAACCACCCAAAAAGACCCAGUUCUCUUUGAAGAGAAGAAAAUCUACCAAAGGUCUGACUUGCGGCGGCACCGAAAUCGAAUGGACAGACUAUGUAUGUCCCAUGACCAAUACAAACGAACAACAUAACAAUUCGAACACUUCAUCGUCUACAAAUUCGACAAGUAAUUGAAGGCAAUUGCGUAAAUCGUAUUCAUAUUCUAUUUAAGCUACAUACGUAUAUAACCAUAAUAAUAUUUAAUUUAAUAUUUUCUUCUUCAAAUUUGCUACUAACUACUAAUUUCUAACAUUUCAUACAUAAUCAACAACAACACUGGUUGAUCAAAAAACAAAAAGCUCUUUUCCUGUUUCACAUACACACCAACAACACAUGCAUACAUACAAACUUAUGAUAGAACCAAUGUGUGUCUUCCAAAAGCGCGUUUCACAAAACCAAGUUUUGUCACACGCUUUUGCUCAACGUAAACAAACGAAAACCAAAACCAAAACGAAAGUAUUCCCAAGCAUUUUGAAAAAAAAUUAGCAACCAUCACGUGAAAAAAAGAAUACCUACAAACCUAGUGGAAAACGCAGAAAAUAGGAGAGAAAAAACAAAAUUAUCAUAGACCUAAGACCCAGUUCAGCACCCUAUAGAGAAGCAAUCAUAUCGUUUUUUGAUAUUUUAGAUAAAAGCAAAACAUAACACGAACAAAUGCUCAUUACCCUAUACCGUAAGAGUAUUUCACCGAAAACCUACCUACCUAACGUAGUGAAAACGACAUUUAACACUUACCACCACCUUAAUUUAUUUUAUUUACGAUAUAAACAUUUUUUUAUAGUUAUAUAUAUAUAUUGUUUUUGAUUUAUAUGCAUUUAGCUACCAAUGCCAACACCAACAAGAAAAUAACAACAAAAACUCACGUUUAAAAACCUACCUGCAGCAUUGACCAACAAAAAGUUGUAUUUUUUCGCAUUUUAAGAGUUUAUUUCUUGUUUUUUCUUUCUUUCUUCUUCUUUUAUCUUUAUCUUGAAGAAUAAUAACAACAUCGUAAAAGUGUGUAACAUACAAAAUUAACAAUUUAAGCUAUAGUAGUAUAAUUACCCCCGCAUUUAAGUUUAAUUUUCAUUUACGAAAUACCAUUUUACGUUCCCCCUUUCGAAAAACCAAACAAACCAAAACAUUAUUUUUGUUAAUGUAAAAAAAAGAAACGAAAUAGAAACAAAUAAAAAGAACAACAUUACAACCUUAACACUUAAA